AUGACAGAUAUUCUGAAUUUUUCAACUUCGUCACGUAUCUACCUUCUUGAGCCGCAGUGGAACCCAUCGAUUGAAGCUCAGGCAAUUGGCCGAGCUCUUCGACUUGGUCAAGUCUCCAACGUGACCAUUGUUCGGUACAUCAUGGAAGGCACCGUUGAGGAGAGUAAUGUCUCAUCACGACAACGAAAAAAGCUGCAACAAAGGGCGGAUUCCAAAAAUCAGAUAGCACCGCAUCUGACAGGAUACAGUCAUUGCUGGUAA